AUCGAAAAUGCACCCUUGAUUCGUUGUUCGAAUGAACUCGAGCACGAUAAGUAGUAAGUGAGUUCUGUCAGUGUUAUGUGAAGUUCUGUCGAGGACAGACCGUGGCCUCUUCUGCGAAGAUAUUUUUGGUAUGGGGUCGAAGGGCGACUUUUUGCUCGUUUUGAUCUUGGUCCUUCUCGUAACGGCCCAACGCGGUGUAUGUGAUUUACGAACAUUGUUUCAAUCAUGUUGUGCCGCCGGGACGAGUCAUAGCCUCUCAGGUUUACCAUGCAGAGAUUAUAAAAUUCCAUCAAACAUACCAAGCUCUCAGCAAGGUAUUUGUUUAAGUUCGCUAGACGUUUGCUGCAAAAACAAUUAUAGGGAUUCGCAAUGUACUCUCGGUAAAGAAGACGCUCAAAACGCCAAAGAUUGCGUAAGUUUUGACGGUGGGACUUCGAUAGAUUACCGAAAAGAGUGUUGUUCGGCUUGCCAAUUAGCGAUAGAAACGGGGGCAUCAAAUCCUUCUUGCGAAAAUGUGUUAAAUUUUAACCCUCCGCUCGAUAAAGCAUUUACAAGUUGUUGCGAAGAAAUGUCUAAAGCGAGCUCGCAACAAAGUACAAGUGUAACAACUCCAAAAUUAAUUUCCUCCACCGAGUCAACGACUAUUUCUACUACGGUUAAACCUAAAGAUGAUGUAGGGUCAAAGUCGACUACGCCAAGUGAUGAUUCCAAGAAAGACGUCGCCUCACCAUCAUUGGAGAACAUAUGUUACUUCCCGGACGUCUGCGCCCAAAUCUGCAUACCCACUCCGGGUUCGUAUAAAUGUGCCUGCAGAGAAGGUUAUACUUUAAUGAACGACGGAAUUUCUUGCAAAAUUGACAAAAAAACUAUUUCGACGAGUACCAAUAAACCAGGAAAUAGAUGUGAAGCUUACAACCCUUGUGAUCAUACGUGCGAAGAUACCGGAGUUUCCAUAAAAUGUUCUUGUUACGCUGGUUAUGAAUUAGCGAAAAAUAAAUUUUCUUGUAUCGAUAUUGAUGAAUGCGAACGUGGCACCCAUGCUUGUAUCGAAGAUGAAACUUGCAUAAACGAGGAAGGAACUUACGCGUGUGAAAGCACUGAAGAAGAUUACGAUUACGACGACAGAUGUCCCAUUGGUUUCAUGUUUAACGCCGACAAAAAAAUUUGCGACGACGUCGACGAAUGCGCAUUUUCUUUGGUUUGCAAAAAACCACAAGUUUGUGAAAACAACCAAGGCAGUUACAAAUGCGUCGAUGAUGAAACCCCAAAGUGUCCACCAGGAUUUUAUUACAAAGAAUCCAUCCAGGACUGUCAAGAUAUCGAUGAGUGCAUCAAUGGACAACACGAUUGCAACAGAGAAUCUCAAACUUGCUUGAACACAAUCGGAAGUUUCACUUGCAUCGAUAAAACGGUUGAGGGUAGUUGCCCACCUGGGUUUAAAAAAAAUAGUAUCACUUUAGCAUGCGAAGAUAUUAAUGAAUGUGUUGAGAAUCAAAACGUUUGUGGUCCCCAUGAAGAUUGCAUCAAUGAAUCCGGUGGACAUAACUGCGUACCUAAAAAACCUUACAUUCCGUAUGGCCCUAAAAAGCUUGAAAUUCUUCCAAAACCUGAAGAACCCGUUCUUUUUACUAAACCAAUUAGUACCACUACAAUUAAACCAACCACAACACAACGCACAACUACAACAACAAAAACAACUCCAACUACAAAAACAACUCCAACUACAAAAACAACAUCAACAACAACACGUCCAACUACAACAUCGACAACAACAACAACAUCAAAACCUUUUCCAGAAAUAAGACGAAUACCUCUUCCAAAUAGACCAAUAAUUCCUACACAACAUUAUCGACCUCACGUGCCAAUUUCAUGUCCGCCUGGUUUUAAAUAUUCCGAUGUUAAGCAUAACUGCGAUGAUAUCAAUGAAUGUGCCAAUAUAGAAAAUGAUUGCGAUAGCAACCAAGAUUGUUACAACACCCACGGAAGUUACACGUGUAUUUGUAAAAGAGGGUUUCAAAAAGAUCACCAUACUAUGGCGUGUACUGAUAUAAACGAGUGUCAAAUAGGUCAACACGAUUGUAUUGAUGGGCAAAGAUGUGAUAAUACGAUUGGUUCUUAUUUAUGUUCGCGUACUGCUGGAUGCGGAACUGGGUAUACAUUAAAUUAUCAUACGGGAAUUUGUGAAGACGAUGAUGAGUGUGCUUUAGGGACACAUAAUUGCCAUUUUUACGGACCCACUUAUCAAUGUAAAAAUUUUGCGGGGUCGUUUAGGUGUGAGAAAAUUCCCAGAACGUAUAAAUAUAAUAUUACCACUCCAAAACCAAACCCUUUCAAACCUAGUCAGUCUUAUCCUAUUCGACCACACAUAUUAACACCUAGCACAAUUACUUCAACAACGCCUAGACCUCAUGUUCCACCGUACGUUUAUGUCCACAAACAAUGCUUGCAUGGUUAUAAAAUGAAUAAUCGCGGAGAUUGUGAAGAUAUUGAUGAGUGUUUAGGAAAUCCGUGUAAUAGAGGCCAAAAAUGUUUAAAUUUAAACGGAAGUUAUCAAUGUAUAUCAACGAUGCAAUGCUUACUCGGUUUCGAAUUGAAUGACAACGGAACUGAAUGCGUAGACAUCGACGAGUGCGCACGUGGGCUUCACGAAUGCUCCAGCACGCAAAUCUGCAAGAACGCCAGAGGUUAUUACAUCUGUGAAUGUCCUCCUGGGCAUUCAUUAAACAAAAAUAAGCACUGUGAAGACAUCGAUGAAUGUUCUCUUUAUAGGCCCUGUUCCGAAGCUGCUAACUGUGUAAAUACGCUUGGUUCCUUCGAAUGUCGUUGCAAAUCGGGUUUAAGAAAUCGUGGUUCGUCUUGUGAUGAUAUCGAUGAAUGUUCUGAAAUACCAGGUUUAUGUCAACAAAAAUGUGUAAACAUCUAUAGAAGUUAUAGGUGCUCUUGCGAGAAAGGCUACACGCUUAACCCGGAUAAUCGAACUUGCACGGAUGUGGACGAAUGCGAGAAGUUUCGCGACCUCUUUCUUUGCGUUGGAAAUUGCGAAAACACACCAGGAAGCUACACUUGCAGUUGUCCAAAAGGAUACACCCUCGGAACCGAUGGCAGAACUUGCCAAGAUAUAGACGAGUGCCGCUCUAACAUUUGUCCCAACUCAGAAGAUAUCUGUAUAAAUACAAGAGGAAGUUACAAAUGUCAUCGUUUGAUUUGUCCACCGAAUUACGUCCGAGAUCAAGAUCAUAAAAGUCGAUGUAAACGUUCGAAAUUUUUAUGCGAUCCACGAGACGAUCAAUGCAACCAACAACCUUUCCAUUAUACUUAUCACUUUCUCAGUUUUACAUCAAAAUUGCCUUUAGUUAAAGGACCCAUCGAUUUCUUUCAAAUGCGCGGUCCGACUUAUCCACAUGCUUGGGUUGAUUUUGUAAUGAAAAUAGAGGAUGCUAGGUGUCCGCCGGGAGUGAGAAGGGUUGAUCAGAGUUAUUUUAAAAUGAGGAAAUAUGAUAAUAGAGCGCUUUUAUCGAUUUUAAAAUCGAUAGAAGGGCCGCAAGAAAUUGAUGUCCAAUUGGAGAUGAAUAUUCAACACAACGGCGUUCGUAGUAGAAUGAUAGCAAAGAUAUUGCUAAUAGUUACGCAAUAUACAUUUUAAAUGUAUUUGUUUUUAUAAUUUUUUUAGGUUUACUUAAGUUUGGUGACGGUUUUUGUUUUUUUUUAUAAAUUACAAUUAUAAAUAAAUAUUAAGAAUCUUUUAUUAAAGGUAUAACAACAA